AUGAAUCGGACAUCACCAACAACAAUAGCUUCCAUCACAAUUUGUGUUUGCUUUCAGACUCCACCGUUACAACAUCGCACCACAACACCAGCCCUGAGCCACCACCACACUGCCUUCGCAACAGCCCAGAACCACCACUAUACCACCACUGUUGCCUAUUUCAUCUACGUAGUAGGCCUAUUUCAAAGGUUCAAAGCAACCUGCCACAGUGACAACCUCACAGAUGGUACUGUCCGUAUAUGGCAUUCAACCACUUACAGACUUGAGAACACCUUGAACUAUGGACUUGAAAGGGUUUGGGCUGUUGGAUACAUGAAAGGUUCACGUCGGAUUGUUAUUGGCUAUGAUGAAGGAACCAUAAUGGUGAAAAUUGGACGUGAAGAGCCUGUAGCCAGCAUGGACAAUAGUGGAAAAAUUAUAUGGGCUAAACAUAAUGAAAUUCAAACUAUUAACAUCAAGAGUGUGGGAGCUGAUCAUGAGGUUUCUGAUGGAGAGAGGCUGCCUUUAGCAGUUAAAGAACUGGGAACAUGUGAUCUUUAUCCACAAAGCUUGAAGCACAACCCAAAUAGGAGUGAUGAUGAAGAGACUACCAGCACACCAAAAGCAGAUGCUCUUUUUAUUCCAAGGGAGAAUCCAAGAGCUCUGGUUAUUCGCCCUCUUAAACAAUGGCCUGGCAAAUCAUCUGCUGAAAAAUUAAAAAACGCAUCUUCUCCAGCACAAACAAACGGUGAUUACACUGGGUUUGCUUCUUCCCCUCCUUUAAAUGGUCGCUCUACGGAAAACGGUAACAGAAACCAUUCUGAAAACGGAACCCUAAAGGAACAAACACCAAUCAAAACCCCCCAAAAACAAAACGGAGGAUGUGAUGGUGGCGAGAUGGAAGAUGGCUUUGAGUUUAUCGUUAAAAACAAAGGCAUCAACACUAAGGUGGCUUACCCAUAUCAGGCAACAGAUGGAACCUGCAACACCAAGGAAGAAGCUAUCCAUGCUGCCACCAUUACUGGGUAUGAAAAGCUGCAACGGUGGGAUGAUGCCCUUAAAGCAUACACUGCAAAAUCUGCUCAAGCAACAAGUCAACAUCUUAUCUUGGAUGCUACACUAGGUAAUUCAUAUUGUAGUGUAUUUAUUCCAAAUCCCAAAUUCUUUGGAUGGAGAAAAGGGUCACAAGAAUUAUCGGAGCAGGGGUUCAAUAUUAGUCUUAAAGAAGUAUGA